UUUUUUUAAUGACGUUUUGUUAUGACUUUAUUUGGCAUCUGUCAAAAACUGGGUUGGUUGAUUCGUCAGCGACAAAAUAAAAAAUCCGUUCAACAAUAUAAUUUAUUAAAAUGUCACAAGAAGUAGAAGAAACCUUAAAACGACUCCAAUCACACAAGGGAGUUGUCGGAACAAUUGUUGUGAAUAACGAAGGAAUUCCAGUCAAGAGUACUUUGGACAACACAACCACUGUCCAAUAUGCUGGACUCAUGAGUCAACUUGCAGACAAGGCCCGGAGUGUUGUCCGCGAUUUGGAUCCCUCAAAUGAUCUAACAUUCCUACGUGUCCGUUCGAAGAAGCACGAAAUAAUGGUUGCACCAGACAAGGACUUUAUACUCAUUGUCAUCCAAAAUCCAACUGAUUAAGAGAGAUUUUCUCUAGAGUUCAAGACUUCAGAGAUUAAUAGUGGUUGACUUUGUGUGUAUUAUUGUAAAUUAAGGGUUUUGUUAUUUUCUCGAUUCCACAGGGGCUUAAAGUUCCGGUGGAGGCGAAGAAUGUAACUAAAAACUGCCUCAAUGUGCUCUUUUUUCUUUAUUUUAUUACUAACUUAAAUUGCAUUAAUGCAUUGAAAUUUAUAAUACCUAGUUGCACAUACCUAUUUUUAUUUUUUAUUUAAAACAAAAAAUAUUGUAGAAUUUCAUAAAUUAGAAGCAGAAGGAAAAAAUAUAGUUAACAAUUCCACAGAGUGAAAUUGUGAAGAAAAACUCAA